UCUGUUACAUUCAAGGAUGUGGCUGUGGACUUCACCCAGGAGGAGUGGGGCUAUCUUGAUUCCCCCCAGAGAGCCUUAUACCGGGAUGUCAUGAUGGAGAACUACCGAAACCUUCUUGCCCUUGGGCCUCCAGUCUGCAAGCCAGAUAUGAUCUCCCACCUGGAGCAAGGUGAGGCCCCAUGGCAAGUGUAUCCACGAGUCUACACAGCUGCCUGUCCAGAGUUGGAGACCGCACCUGCUAGGAGCAAGGAGUGCUCAUAUGAGGAAGAUCCUGCCCAGGAUUCAACAGUGGGAAGGCUUCUGGGUACCAGACCUUAUAGCUCCAUUUGGGGCGAUACAUGGGACUGGGAAGAGCAGGCAAGUGUUCUGCCUAGAUGCAAGGACAUGCUCUGGAAGCCAGCACCUUCCAACCAUGAGGACUUGUCCACAGAGCAGGGAGAUUCUGCAUUCAGGUCCGUCUUCUUGACCCAACAAAGUGUCCCCGCAGAGGCUGGCUCUCGUAACAGACAAAGGGAGAGCUUCCAGUCCCUUGAGAGCAUCACCCAGCACCAAAGGACCUGUGCAGGGAGUAAUGCCUUCCAGCCAACUGUCUCCAGAAAACACACCUGGACAGAUGAGCCUCGAGGAACGGACCCCAGAGUGGAUGUAUUUGCUUGUGGUGAGUGUGGGAAAACAUUCAGGCAGAGUGCCUCACUAGCCCUGCACCAUCGCUGGCACACCCGAGAGAAGGCUUACAAAUGCCAGGAGUGUGGCAAAGCCUUCCCCUGGAGUGCCAACCUCAUUGAGCACCGGCGCGUCCACAGUGGUGAGAAACCUUUUUUCUGUGGUGCCUGUGGCAAGGCCUUCAGCUGCCACUCAUCCCUCAAUGUCCACCAGCGAAUCCACACAGGUGAGCGUCCCUACAAGUGCACCCAGUGCACCAAAGCCUUCAGCUGCAGCUCGCUGCUCCACAUGCACCUGCGAGUGCACACAGGCGAGAAACCCUACCAGUGUGCUGAGUGCGGCAAAGCCUUCAACCAGAGGACUCACUUGACACGCCAUCUCCGCAUCCACAGCGGUGAGAAGCCCUAUACGUGCAUUGCCUGUGGGAAAGCCUUCACAUGCCACUCAUCCCUCACAGUGCACCAGACAAUCCACAGCGGUGAGAAGCCCUUCAAAUGCAGUGAGUGUGACAAGGCCUUCAACAGCCGCUCCCGUCUCACCCUGCACCAGCGGAUCCACACCGGGGAGAAGCCCUUCAAGUGCAAUUCUUGUGGAAAAGGCUUCAGCUGCCAGUCGUACCUGCUCGUGCACCAGCGGACCCACAGCGGUGAGAAGCCCUUCAAGUGCAACGCGUGUGGUAAGGCCUUCAGCUCCCAUUCCUAUCUGAUUGUGCACCAGCGGGUCCACACUGGAGAAAAACCGUUCGACUGCAGCCAAUGCUGGAAAGCCUUCAGCUGUCACUCAUCCCUGAUUGUGCACCAGCGGGUUCACACUGGUGAGAGACCAUACAAGUGUACUGAGUGUGGCAAAGCCUUCAGCCAGAACCACUGCCUCAUCAAACACCAGAAGAUCCACUCUGGGGAGAAGGUGUUGAAGUGUAAAGAGUGCGGUAAAAUGUUCAGCUGGAGCUCCCACCUCAUUGAACACCAGAAACUGCAUAGCCCAGAGAAGCCAUUUGCUGCUCAGUUCAACAAGCACCUGUUGGGAACAUACUGCAUGCCGGGCAGCUUGCUCAGCAUGAGGGGUACAGAAUUUGGUGAUGUGGGGGCAGUUGAUGCAAUUUUCAGUGGCUGA